AUGAAUCAAAGAAGCCCUAACCUGAAUCUUCUUCGUCUUAUCUGCUUUGGUUCAUCUUCUCUGCUCGUCUUCUUCUCUGGUUCAUCUUCUCUGCUCGUCUUCGUCUCUGAUUCAUCUUCUCUGCUUUCCCCUAGAUCUCAUCCACUCAUUCCCCAAUUCAAUGAUCAUUUGUGUCAAGUGAGGUCUUCUGAAUCUACCUUUUCUUCAUUGCCAUCAAUAAGCAACAGACUAAGUGGCCUUGAAGAUUUGUAUGACUGUGUCGAUGAUUUGCUUCUAUUACCACUCACUCAACAAAGCUUGGCCCAACAAUGCCAUGAGAAACUGCUUAAUGAGGCAUUGGAUGGCUACCUCAAGCUCUUGGAUGCUUGUGCAACAGCUAAAGACAUCUUCUCAGAGCCAAAGGAAGAUGUGAAAGAACUUCUUUCAUUCCUACGCAGAAAGAGGGAUGGAAGUAACUUUGGGGGAUACUUAACCUCUAGAAAGAAGAUGAAGAAGGUCAUCCGGAAGUUGUUCAAGGAUUUGAAACAAAAACAUGAUUCUAGACUUGCAUAA